CAUCGGAAUGUGGCUCUGUAAGAUGGCGGCCUAUGGCUUGCCAAAUUAGUUCUGAUAAAAGUUUUCUUUGUGAUGAUCAUUAAUUAUCCAAUAUUUUCGGUGUCGCAGUGAAAACUAACGAGCUUUAGUGUUAUUCUCUGUUUUGUGCUUUGUGUCAAGUUUCGGAACCCACAGGAUACGUCAUUUUCACGUUCGGAAAGUCACGGAGCCCUCCGUUGCUAAUGAUCUGGUGUUGUUUCUGCUUGCAUGGAUCAAAUUUAGCAAUGAUCAUAUUUGGAUGUAAAGUGACAGCAUGUUCGGAUCAUUUCCUUUGAGUGUCUCCUUGCUGUGAAAAUGUGCGUCAGUGUUGAUGAUGGAAUCGUCCAAGGCAGAAUAAUAUUAGAGUGUGAAUUUGCUCAAUUUUCCUAGUUUCUGCCUUGAAAAGUGCGUUCGUUGCCCUCUGGAUAUGCCUUAUUGAAGCCUUAUUAGCUUUAGUGUUUCGUUUUUCCGUCGUGUAAAAUUUUUGUGACCAUGAUUUAAUUCUAUUUCGAGAUUUUCACCCGUUCUUAGUGUCUUUUUCACAUUUUUCGUGCAGUUUCGCAAUGUUCCAAUCAUAAAAUCGGUUCCAAAUCAAUUUUGGAAAUCUUUUCGACGGUUUUAUUUUUUUUAUCGUCAAUCGCUUUUUCGAAUGUCUUAAAUCUAAUGAUCGGGGGAAUUCAGUUUUAUACAUGACGAGACCCCCCGACGGGUGAAGUUUUAUGUUGCCAGCCCAUUCCAAUGAUAUUCACCCUGCUAGUGCAGCAAGUGCUUCGCGGUGUUUCAUUGUUUGAGUGUGAAUGUGGAGGGGGGAGGGGGGAGAAGAUGUCCUAGUAUGGGCCAGGAGCCUGGUGUCACUAUGAACCCCGCAUCUUCGGGCAAGUCCUCGACCCGAUCGUCGGGCUACCAUCAGAAAGCGCUCGCUGCCAUACGAAACUCCCUCCUGCCAUUUGCAAACAUCGGAUGCGAGUCAGGAAACGUUGGGUCGAGUGCUGCAAGUACUAUAUCUACCCUCUCGACAACCAGUGGCGUGAGUUCAGCUUCAGGACAUAGCUCCACGUCCAACGGUGUAGACAAGGAACUCAACGCUCUCCGGCAGGCACUUGCACAGUUGAUCGCCAUGGGGUACUCUGAGGAUGCGUCACUUCGUGCCUUAAAAAUCACAGGGAAUCGGUUUGAGGCGGCAUUGGAUAUGCUAGCCAAACAGCAGUAUGCGGAACCUGUCAAUGGACUUACAAAAAUCCCAUCGCCAGGAAUCUGUGGCCUGAACAGCAAAUUGAUCCGGAAGCCGAGCCUAGAGCGAGAACUCAACUUGCACAGGGGUAGUCCUGCCCUGGACAGCGGGGCUGGGAGUAGUCGCUCAGAUAGUCCACGGCAAACUGUCGAGCUAGUUCCUCACGCACAGUUAACGCGGCAGUACUCGCCAAACAGUUUCACAGAGCCGCCACCGCCUCCUCCUCCCCGAAGUAGCUCAACACCUCCACCACCACCCCCACCUCAUGCUCCAUACCCAGCGGUAGUCCCAACUAAUAUGCAACAGCUCCUCAAACGAAUCUCUCCUGCUCCCGCACUUCCGUCAAGGCCCCCGGCGCCAACGCCAGUACCGAGUUGUCCCCAGCCCCCACAACGGGGGACUAGUCCUGUUUCUGGGCGGCAACCCAUGAUAGUGCAGAAUGGGCCCCAGGUCCAGCAACAGCUAUCGCAACAAAUCCAAGCCCUUAGUCUGUAUCAAAACAACAGUGCCUCAAGUACACCCACAACGGAGCCUCCCCCUCCCUAUCCGUUGGUUCCUCCUUCGCCUGUCGCACCUCCUCCACCCUCCUACUCAGCCUCCAUACAGAGCCGACAGAGCCCGACUCAGUCACAACAAGAUUACCGCAAAUCUCCGUCAUCAGGCAUUUACUCAGGUCCGACAUCAGCUGGUUCACCUAGUCCUAUCACCGUUCCAGUUGGUCCGAUCACCCCCACUUCUGUUGCGAGGCCCACCCCGCUGCAGGCGUGGGGCGCGAGGCAAGCCAAAACUCAACCACCAAUCAUCAUGCAGUCCGUCAAAAGUACGCAAGUGCAGAAACCAGUGCUGCAAACUGCCAUUGCACCCACCUCGCCUCCGGCUGCCACCCCUGUUCAACCUCCUCCCCCAUCGUAUGCAUCAUCCAUUCAACAGAAGCAGCAGAAAGCUGUAACACAACCGCAGCAAGCCACUGUCUCUCCAACUGUACCUACGACGGAACCCCCAAGCUAUGCUAGCACAAUGCAAGCACUGGCAGCUCAGCGCGGUAUCGUUGAAAACGGCACUGCGACCGUUCCAACGGUUGCAACCGACACACCAAGAACGUCACCAUCCACACACCACCCUGUUCUGCAGCGGAAGUUCUCGCCGGCAGAAUCUAGAUCGGAAAGUCCAUCCUCUUCUGAGUCCUCGCGGACACCACCUCUGCCGCCCACCGCAUCCUCAUCCGUAACAGCAGUCCAGAAUGGAGACAGGCGCUGCAAAGUCAACCAUCAUCAAUCGCCUAUCCCAGAAAGAAAGCAGAUCAGCAAAGAGAAAGAGGAGGAGAGACGCGACUGCAAGGUUAGAAAUUACUCGCCGCAAGCAUUCAAAUUCUUCAUGGAGCAGCAUGUUGAAAAUGUAAUCAAGUCUCACAAGCAGCGGCUAUUCAGGAGGUUACAGCUAGAAACGGAAAUGGCCAAGAUAGGCCUAAGCAAUGAGGCGCAGUGUCAGAUGCGGAAGAUGUUAAGUCAGAAAGAAUCUAAUUAUAUUAGACUGAAAAGAGCAAAGAUGGACAAGUCCAUGUUCACCAAAAUCAAACACAUUGGGGUUGGGGCAUUUGGCGAGGUCACAUUAGUUAGGAAGAUAGACACUAAUCAUUUGUACGCAAUGAAGACUCUGAGGAAGGCGGAUGUGUUGAAGAGAAAUCAAGUUGCGCAUGUUAAAGCAGAGCGUGAUAUUUUAGCGGAGGCUGACAAUGAGUGGGUUGUCAAAUUGUAUUAUUCGUUUCAGGAUAAGGAGAAUCUUUAUUUUGUCAUGGACUACAUCCCUGGUGGUGAUCUUAUGUCGUUAUUAAUUAAAUUAGGCAUAUUUGAAGAGCCUUUAGCUAGGUUUUAUAUUGCAGAAUUGACUUGUGCUGUAGAAAGUGUACAUAAAAUGGGGUUUAUUCAUCGUGAUAUCAAACCUGACAAUAUUCUAAUCGAUCGUGAUGGACAUAUAAAAUUGACAGAUUUCGGAUUGUGUACAGGAUUUCGUUGGACUCAUAAUUCCAAGUAUUACCAAAGCAAUGGAGAACAUGGACGGCAGGACUCUCUAGAACCAAAUGAAGACUGGGAAUGUCGAUGUCAUCAGCUGAAACCGCUGGAAAGGCGAAGACGAAUAGAGCAUCAAAGAUGUCUAGCACACUCGCUAGUGGGCACACCAAAUUAUAUAGCGCCUGAAGUCCUCCUUAGGACUGGUUACACUCAACUCUGUGACUGGUGGAGUGUAGGCGUCAUUUUGUAUGAGAUGUUAGUAGGCUCGCCGCCAUUUUUAGCAGGCACUCCAGCAGAGACGCAGUAUAAGGUAAUCAACUGGGAAAGCACACUGAUGAUACCAGCAGCAGCUAAUGUUUCGCCAGAAGGUACGGAUCUAAUCCUGAAGCUAUGUACAUCGGCUGAAAGGAGGCUUGGUAAGGAUGCGAAAGAAGUGAAGGCGCACCCGUUCUUCUCAUCCGUUGACUUUGAGAAAGGCGUGAGGCGUUUAACUCCCCCGCAUAUCCCACGGAUACAGUACUCCACUGACACGUCCAAUUUUGAUCCUGUGGACCCAGAGCGGCUCCGUAAUUCAGAAUCAUCUGACUCUGGCAAGUCGGACGAACUCACGGAUAGUGGAAAGCCAUUCCACGGGUUCUUUGAAUUCACGUUCAGGCGGUUCUUUGACGAUGGCGGUGGUGCGCCGUAUCCAAAUAAAAUUAGUCUUGAUGAUAAUGAUAAUCAAGGUGCUGUCUAUGUUUGAUAAUGACUGUUCGGAGCUUAAAGCUGAGUUUUUCUGCACCGCAGUUUUGCCGCAAGGAGCAGAAAGUAUCCAAGUCUAAUCUCGAAUGUUGACUUUGUUGCUUUUAGUCUGUUUGGCAACACUGCGCAGGAUGCAGAGCCUAAUCUGAUAGGAUGACAAUUCAUGAGUUUCUCGACUAAGUCAUGAACUUUGUGGACUCUUGACCUCGGGAAGAUUCUGAAUCUACUACAUAGAAAUAAAGUGCAUAGGCAAUGAUAAUAUUCAAGUAGUCAUUCUCACAAGCAAUUUUUAUUUGCUUGUCGCAAUCCAAAUGCUAUUCAAGAUGUAUUUUCCUUAAAUAUUUUGCAGUUUUUACACAUUGUCUCUGCAUUGCGGACAGAAAUAAAAAGCAAGCACAUCAGAUUUUGUUGCUCGUUUGAUAUCCAUGUUUAUUUCCUGCAAUUUAAGUGAUAAAAUAUUUGAUUAUUUUAACAUUUUUUAUCAAUGCCAUCUGGUAUAUGUUUAAAAAUUUGUACAUGGAAUUUGGCAGGCACAAAAUCAGCAAGUGUCACAAUUAGAUUUCAUCAAUGAUGUGUUUUUGUCAAAUAAUCCUUCAAUCUGAGUAUUGAAAUAACGAGUUUGUCUGAUCGAUGAGACUGGAAUACGAUGAAGAUUGGCCAUGUUGAUUGGACGAUGAGCACAUCCUGUACCCUGUAUUGGGUCAAAAAAUCAACUAGCCAACGGCACCUCCUGCUGGCUGAUAACCAGUUGAGUAUUUGGCCUGUUUUAAGAUCGCAAUGGGGUUGCCCAACGUCUGAUUGUUGACAACACAGCCAACAUCUCCAACUAGUGACAUAGCUAAUCUGGUCUCAUCCACCACACAAACCCACAAUUUCAAUAAUCAACCUGCCGUUCUUCCUAAACAAUUUGCAACUUGUUUCCCUAAAUUGAUGUGAAAAAAUCCUCACAAUUGCAAAUGUUAGCAUUCACACCAUCAAAAUUCCAUCUAAUUUACAUAGUAGAAUCUUGCUCCACUUGACGAAUGUGGGCUGUGGGUCUCGGAAUCUUAUCCUGCUUAGCAUUUCCCAAAAUUUUAAGUCUCCAUCAAGCUCUGCAUCCUUAAUCAGUGGCUUUAUGUCAGUGUUUUGUCGUUAACGUUGCUUCUGGUGGUUCUGGUUCGCGUCCUUUUAGAAAGGGCCGGCAGAGCUGCUGCGAGUGGUAUAUAGUCAGGGAGAAAUACAAAAAUAAAAGGGUUUGACCCGAAACAAAUCGCGCAACAAACUUUUCCUAUGUAAAUGUCAUCAGUAGGUUCUCCUGAACCACAUCCUAAAAUUUUACCAUAGUCCGAUCCCGGAACACCCCCCCCCCCAAAAUGCCUGAAACUCAAAAUGGUGGCCGUAAUGAGACCGAAUGGGAUUUCGGUAUUUUAAAAUGUUCCUAUAGUGUCAUGUGGGGUAUCAUUUUCUAUGUAAUUCUGGUCGCAGAUUUCCAAUAUGAAGUCAAAAAAUUACAUAGGAAAUGAUACCCCACAUGACACUAUAGGAGCAUUUUAAAAUACCGAAAUCCCAUAUGGUCUUAUUAUGGCCGCCAUUUUGAGUUUUAGGCAUUUUGGGGGGUGCUCCGGGGUCGUACCAUGGUAAACUUUUUAGGAUGUUGUUCAGGAGGACGUACUGAUGACUUUACGUCGGUAAAGUUUGUUAUGCAAUUUGUUCCGAGUCAAACCGUAUUUCUCCCCGACUAAUACCCCCUUUUCUUUUCUGUGAUUUUCAGCUUCUUGGAAGCAAAUAAGUGAAUAUUUUACGGCCAUGCCAAGUUAUAUUUGGCUUUCAUUCGUGUACAGUUUAUCUGUAUUUUUCAGAGUUUAUUUUAUUUAUUUGUUCAUUACUGUUUGUGUUUAUUUAUCUUCUUCUUCUAUUUUUCUCCUAUCAUUUUUCAAACGGUGGGGAAAUAGCAAUGUUAAAUUGAAAUAUUUGCCUACCGUGUCUUUUCGGUGUUUGCCAAUUUUAUCAAACACAAAUCCACAAGCUACUACGCGGUUUUCUGUUAAUUACGUCUCAUGCCCAGGCAGUUGUAUUGUCUGACUACUACUUUUAAUCGAACACAGUUGCUAUAUGAUGAAAUAAUAGUUUGGACAUUAUUGUCCUAAAAUUUUCAUAAUUUUUCCUCCUGUUUCAUGAAUUUCAGGGUAUAAAUCUGUACCUUAACUUUUAUAAUUGACAACAAUUCAAAGUGCCGGCUUUAUGUUAAUCAGAUACCCAUGAAGUGAGGAAGGAAUAUUUUUAGAAAUUUCAUUGAUUUCUCUUCACACUUCAAGGUUAUUUUAUUUACCCUAAGGGCCGUCAAAUGAAAUGUUAACAACCAUCCUUAAACAGAGCAAUGUGUUUUAUCUUCCCAUAAUAAAUGGAAUUAAUUGUAGUGGCCUUUUAAAAAAAACUUAUUCUGGGCAAAUUAAUCAAGAAAACUGCCAUCUUAAUUAUCCAAGUCAAAUCACUGUAGAAUUCUCACCCUCUUUACAGCUCACUCAUUUUUCUAUUAAUAAUAACCUCGCGAGUCAUGUGUCUCACGCAUGUAAGUUUUUCUGAUGAGUCUGACCAUUCUCAUUGGAAGAUCAUCCUUUUUUCGCAUUAUCCCCAAAGAAUCUCUCCAUAGAUCUAGCAAAUUAUUUUUUACUGUACUCUUUAUUUUUCAUCCAUUUUUGCAACCUAAUAGUGCCUUAACUUACUGAAAUUUGUAACUAUUUUACUCAAUAUCAAUAUUGCCAACGCAAGUCUCAAGAAUUCUUGGCUUCUUUUCUAUACUGUUGUGUAUUUAUUUAGUCUACGAUAUUCUGUUCCGCUGACCGAUUGUCUUCUUUGGCGCUCUAGUAGCGUUUGAUAUGAAGUCCUUACAAUCUUUUGUUCUUGUUUUGUGCCUUUCGAUUUUAACUAAGCUGAAGACUGCACUUUCUAUCCCCUUUGAUACCAUUUUAUGUUAAAAUUCAGCUAUCCUACUAAUAAAAAGUUAAAUUCAAAUUUUUGGAGCUUUACGACAGCAGACCACAAACUAGUAAACCUUGUGCCUUGAAUUUUGAGCGUUAUUUUAUUUUGACGUAGCAUACUCGUCAUCAUUGCAAAUAUAGAAUCAAUAACUUAGGUGUACUUGGGUUUCAUUAUAAAGCCCAUUUGUUUUAAAUGUAAUAAUUUUUGACAUUUACAAUUCAGGACCAAUUUCCCAUAUCCGAAACUGUACAUCUAUUUAAUGCUUUUUGAUUGAUGAUUUUUAAAUCUACUUUUAUAAAUUAUUUAAAAAUGUAAUAUUUUAUUAUAGAAAUCGGUAAUAACUUUGUAACUUCUGACAACUCAUGUAUCCAAUUGGUAAGAAAUUUUGUCUGAAUGCAGUUUUAACACAAAUGAAAUGUAGCUUUUUAUGAGCUUGAAUUUGAUUGAGCAAUCGAAUAUGAAGGUCUACAGGCUGAGGGGCCGGAGUUCAUGGAAGCCAAAUUUUCAGAGGACAAUGCUUUUCAAGUUAGGGAAAAUUGAAUACUGAGUUUUGAGCCAGAAACACUCCAGUAUCGUUAAAAAUAAUUACCAUUCUGUUUAAAAUUCCCUUCUGUAUCCAUUGAAGGCCAUGAGUUUCUUUAAAGGCAUCAUUUUUUUUUAGUUCCAAAGGCAGCCUAAAAUUUUAAAUACUGUUUUCCUAAAACCACAUUCAUUGAACUGUAAACCUCAAACCAUCAUACCCCUCGAUCUUUUCAACUUAUUAAUGUGACUUGUGUCAAAGUGAGACAUAUUUUGUCCGGAAGCAUCACUCAGAACAGUUUCUGAAGAAAGCAGUAAUCGUAUUUUGUUUGAAGUUGUUUUGUGCUGUGGGAGCUGGGCUUAAUUUUGAUUGCAAAAGGGAAAUCCUGAUGUAACAAUUUCUGUGCAACAACUGCAGUGUGCCCAGGGGGACAUAUUUCUGUUUUUUCCCAAAACAAUGACGAAAAACACUGUUUUUUAUUGCAUCCUUAAAUGUUGCCCUCUCAUAAGCUGUUCAAAAUCAAAAUCAAAAGAAAAGAGAAGAGGGAAAAGGAAGAAAGAAAACAGCAACACUUCUUUGUUUCCAACUAAAUACCUAAUUAUUUGUAUGUCAUUCCUCAAAGCAGUGGUGCCGUUGUUAUCUUGAGUCUUUUUGCCCCAACAUCCGUUCGCCUGUGGACCAUCACAAAACCUGAUUGAAUCAGUUAUAUCUAUGCUAUAAGCAUGUUUCAUAGCUCCCUGAAAACUCUGCACUCGUCUAAUAAACAUCUAAUUUAAAGUGGCAUAAGUGAUAAAUAAAAACAAUCAAUAUUGAGGGUUUAUUGAGGAUUAUUUAAUUUGUUAAUUGUGUCUGUAUAGUCUCCUAGCGGGAGCUGUAAGUUUAUCUUCCUAAUCAUUUUUAUAAAAGUGUUGCUCUAGGCUGUUGAAAAUUCAAAGUCAACCACUUUUUUCUGGGAGUUGUUCUCCUCUUCUUUCUGUGAAAAGUUUUUCCAAUAAUUUUUUACCGUUUGCUUGAUUUUUGGUCUGAAACUUAAAUUCAAACUUUAUCAUAUAAACUUAGGAAUAUGUCAACUUUUUGUAAAUCCAAGCAAUUCUAAAAUGGUGAAGAUUUUUAUUCCGUACUAUUUUUUGAAGACGUAUAAAAACAGAUGCAUGUUUUUACCUUCACUACUGCCGAAAAUGAAACUUUCAAAUUUUAGUCAUUUAGAUAGUCGGAAGUUUCUCGUUGUUUUCUCUUUCAAAGAUAAAUUAUAAUUAUUUUUUUCCUAGGAUUCUUUAUAUCAUUGUUUUCUUUAAGUGUAAAAUAUUUCUGCAACAUAUGUUUUAAUCAUUCACACCAAGUAGGCUAAAAAAACUGAUAUUGCCAGUUUUUGAAUGAGUUUUCCCCAUCGGUUUUUGCCCUGCUUCCCAUAACCCAUCAACACAGAAAAUCAUAAUUUAUGAGCGUAUUUUUGUGAAUUUAUCAGAUUUUUCAAGCAGAAACUACUGUUGUGUCAAUAUUCAUCUGUUUUUUUGACAGACGUUGCAAAGCUUAUCGACAAAGUAGGACAAUAUCAUCUGCGAGCAUUCUGUAUGUUGCGCAAGGAGGCAGAAAAUUUUUGAAUGAAGCUAUCAUCUUCAAUCAUAUUUCCAAUGGGCCAAAAAGGAUAUAUUUACAUCGGCUAAAUUGGUAGUGUUACUGUAUGUUAAUCCUUUGUUACAGUCACAUGCACUUAAAAUUUGCGUCUCUAGGAUCGACCCUUUUUGUUACACUACCAUCAGUUCGGCCCUGAUUUUCUUCCUCUUGCUUUGCUUUCUUUGCACCCUCUGCCAAAAGUAUUUUCUCUUCCCUUCUUCCCCUCGUAAUUUUUUAGCCUAAUUUAUAAGAAUUGCUAAUAUUGUAUUGUAAUUCUGUGGCGAGCAUUCAGAGGUACUAAUCCAUUGGAAUUUUCUUCGUUUGUUGUGUGAACUGGAAAGAAAUGAAAAGAUAUCGGUUCAUCUUGUAUUGAUGCUGUUGCGUAACUACUAAGUAGAGUAGAAGAACAUUUUAAAAGAAGCACAAACUUGUCUGAAUUAUCAAAAACUCUUUCGUGUGCAUCUAUAUUUCGUGAAAAGAAAACUUUUCUUAAGUGGUUGAUCAGCGAAGCAUGAUUGUGUCAUCUGAUCAUUACAAUAUUUUUUCAAUCAAAAAUAUUUGUACCCCUGUCAAUUUGUUUAAGACUGCUUCCAAGUUCAAGGGGUAGCAGAAUAUUCAAGGUUGAGAAAGAACAGUUGAACAAUUAUUUUUUCUUAUCUAAAUGCGAAUUAUAUGAUAGAAGAUUUAGCCUGCUUGAUUAAUGAAAGAAUAGUGGUUUGAAUUGCAAUUCGAAGCUGGCGACUGAAUCGUUCAAUGACAGUUAAGUAUGACAUCAUGGACAUCUCCAACUGCUCGCCACGGAACUAUGCUGAAGCCAAAUUAAUUUUAAGUUAGUUGAUUAGUGUAUUUGUUUAACAAUUAUUUUAUUUAACUUUUUUUUAUCUGCAGACUACGGCAUUUAAAAAUGUCCAUCACAUUUAGAUAACACUAUUGGAGGCAGUUCCCAAGUCGAAAUUCUUUUCUGCUUCUACUUCAAACUUUUCAAAAGUGGUCAUUUUUUGUAAUUUUUCCCAAAGCUGUCUUUUAUUGCUAGCCUGGCUCUCAACGGUGUUUAAAUUUUUCAGUCUCUUAAUAGUUCAAUCUUUUAAAGCAUCAUUGUAACUCAGUCAAGAUUUUCUCGAAAGAUAAGAGGAUUAUCACUCUUGUGAUUUGUUGAUGCAACUGCCUGAAACCAAAAAUUAAAUAUUUUCAUCUCUUCAUUCUUUAUCCUCUUUACUCGAUCGAAGGUUCUCAUUUUUUCUUUUCUCUCUUCCUUUCUUUUCUUCCUUAUCUUUUCAUCUGUCAAUAUUCUCUCAUUAUAUUCUAGAAAUAACCGCAACUACUACAAGAUUAGUUCUACAUUUGCUGUUUCGCAUUAAGCUCUGCAAAGCAAGACUUCUGAAUCUGAACAUUUGCUGUUUAAACUUAACAACUUUUUCUUUUGAUUCUUAAUUUACGCUACCAUUUUAACAAUUCUUAUCUUUAUCUCAAGCUCCAUAUAGAACUGAAAUUUUUGGUCGUUGAGGGACAUGUUUAUCAUUCAAUCGAAGUUCAUUGUUUAAGUUGAUUUUAGAGCAUUAGAAGCCAAGUAAAAUUGAAAAAUUAGAAGAUUGUCAGGAGCUUUUACUUUGAUUCACCCUGAGGUUUGAUUGUGGUCUCAUCGGUCUUGAAUGUAUCCCAGCAGUGGGAUCAAACAUCUCUGCAUUUGAGUCUUAUGAAGGAAAUGAGGCAACACUGCCAUGCUAAGGAAAACGCCACGCUGGCUGAACCUUUGGACACUUCCAAAUUUUCUAUGAUAAAAUUCGAAUUUUCUGAAAAACUUUGAAGUAUAUUUGUUCUAAUUUUUCAGAAAAUUUGGUUUGCAUUUUAAUCGCAAGUACCUGACAAUUUGAAGGAAUAAUAAUCAUAUUCUUUCUCAAAAAUGAUCAUUUUAUUGAGGAAAGUUUGGCAGCUUUUAAAGGUUUAUACGGAGUUUUUCCUUAGCAUGGCAGAAUAGUCCUUCUUUGUGAGUUUUAAAAGUUAUGUGCAGUGAAAAACCUGAAAACUAAAGGAAUUAAAUGAGGAUUUGCCUUUUGCAUUCAAGAAAGGAAUUUAAUGCAGUAUCAAAUUCAAUAUAUUUUACCAACAAAUCCUGCUCUAUUUUUUUUCUUUUCUUUUUUUUUUUAUUGGGUGCAAAUUGUAAGCAAUUCUUUGAAUUCAUAAGCAAGUAGUAAUGACAUUUUUGCAUUAAACUGAAAAUUCAUCGCAGUUUUUCUUGCAACUCCUGGGAUACAUUUAAGGCCAGCUCAUCUGCAAUAGGAUCCCGAAAUGAAUUGCAUGAAAUUUCAGAUGUUCCUGUAUUACCCUCUUGAUCGGGCUUCUAAUAAUUACAAAUUGAUUUUGAAUUUAGCGACACAGUUACGAAAAGUUGGCUCUCAUUCAUAGCUGAGAUUUGCAUGAAAUAGAAUAUUCAUCAAUAUAGCAGAACAAUCGUUCUUUUUUUUUGCGCUCUGUUUUCCUAAUUUACAUUUGAUUGAUAGUUUAAUGCUAUUGUAGUCUUUAUUUUGUUGUGUUUUGCCUUGUUGUCGUUUUUGUUGUUUUCCUUAUCCAUCGUCUGUAUACAAAAUUAGGGGUCCCGUGUUUUCUAAGCAGCCGAUUCCUUUCAUUUCUUUCUUGUUAAUGCAAUGACACCGGUAUUUAGCUCUCUGCUGCGAUCAGCCACAGUGACGGGAUCUCACUGUUGGCUUAUGAAAGUUUGAAAAAUAUCCUUCUUCUCCCCCUCCUCUAUUGUGAAAGUGAAUUGUCUGCCUAGUGCCUUGUGAAACCGUGCUUUUUAAAAGAUGGUUUAAAAUCGACUGAUAAUUUAGCUUUGUUCUCUAGUAAUAGUACUUGUUUUCGCAACACGCAGCGCGUGUUUUGAUGCUUGUUUAUUUCAUUCUAUCGUGAGCAGCAGCUUGCAAAAGCCAGGUUGAUGUAUUGAGUGAUGUUCCAUCAUCUGUUAAAUCAGUCUCGUUGUAAACUCUGACUACCUAUCCCACGAUUUUUAACAUGAAUUUUUGAAAGAUCCUAUGUUUUUUAUAAGGAGCAGCAGUUAUCUGACUCUUUAUUUUUUUUAAAGUAGGUGCAAUGUUCGAUUCUCUUCGAAAGUGUUAAAACAAGAAUUGACUGUACUUGACCGGGCAUUUGCCAUAGUUUUCAGUGGUCAUCGUUAAUUUUUAGCUUCUGUCAGAUUUGUCUCUUAGUUUCUCUUUUGGUCUCAUUUGCUCUUUGCAGAUUAAUUGUCGUCACUCUCUGAUUACGGAACAUCACUCAUUAGAUUCAUCUGUUGUUUUCUCUCUAAUUGUGAACCGUUUUAUAAUGGCUCCAGUUUUUUAUUCUAGCUCAAAUAUUGGAUCGUCCAGCCUUUUUUCUCUGUUUCUCACAGAGGUUCUUAUUGCCACUUGUUGAUUCUUUAUUUCUCAUCCUUUUUUCCCCCUCCCACUUCCGGUUGCAAGAAAAAAAACCCUUUCUUGUAUGAAGCCGGUAUUAGAACCUCUGUAAAUAAACGCUUUUGCCUGUUUUGAAAGAUAGUUCUGUUUAUCACUGUUUUAACUUAUUUUUGAGACUAAUAAAACCUGUACAUUUUCUGAUAUUACUAAUUAAUAAUAUCGUUAUGACAAGUAUAUAUUUUGUGUUCAUGAUGCAUAUUUUACAAAGUGUAAAUAAAUGUGUAGGUAGUUGAUUUAUUUUUUUCACUUGUACACUCUUAUCAGUAUAAAAAAUUUAAGAAAACUGAAAAAAAGGGGGAAAAAUGGUAAUAUUUAAUGAAAAAGUAAAUGAAUGAAAAAUGAGAUUUUUUAUGUAAAGAUGAAGACGUUUUUAUUUUUUACUUAAAUUCUCUAUCGCGUUAUAAUGGCUGUGAAAAAUGUAUUGCAGUUAUCGUGUUUCAAAUAUCGUUUAACAAGCCUUCGUCUAUGUUAGCUGACAACAGAUUUGUGUAAUAUAUUUGUCAAACUUGUAAGAUUAGUUCAUCAAAUAUUCUUGUUUACUAUUACUCAAGCGCUGUAGUGAAUUAUGUUCUAAGUUUUAAUUUUAGAAAUGGUGAUAAAAUUAUUACUAAUCCUCUGUAUAAACUAAAGAAGUUAUAGUAAAUGAAAGUAUAAAAUUA